AUGUCGUCAGCCUCGCAACAGACCUUCUAUGACAUAUCAAUGGUGGACGGCUACAAUCUACCCAUGGGCAUCAAGUUGCUAGCAUCGGAGUCGUCCAACCGCAACAUCUCCGACAUCCCACCAAAUCUAACGAAUCCUGUCUGCAUCGGCAGCACGGCGCUGCUCGAACCUAUCGGCUCAACAUCUGACGCGCUGUUUAGUACCAAUGCGACGUAUCCGAUACCUCUCGAACAAUCCUUGAGCUCAUCAUUUGUGUCGUCGUGGUGCCCCUUCCCAUUGCUUGCAUUUCCACCAGAAAAGCCAGGCGAUGGUGUAUAUCCCUAUCCGGACGACAAUAUUCAUAGGCCGUUGUUCAGCCCAUGCUUUUCAGCGUGCGCAAAAUGGAAUCUCGAUCGCUACUGUUGUGCUGGCAAUCAUGACUCGCCAGGGACAUGCAAGCGCAGCUAUUAUUCGACUCAGGCCAAGAAAGUAUGUCCCGAUGCCUACAGCUUCGCCUAUGACGACAAGAAGAGUACAUUCAUCGUGCCGGAAGGAGGAGGUUAUGAGGUCGUAUUCUGCCCGCGUGGAAGGAGCAGUAACAUCCUUGCUACUCUCGGACCUGAGAUGCAAGUGGUUGCUCAGACUGGACAGGUCACAAGAGAUGUCGAAGAUAAGGCGAGUGAUGCUGAUUACAUUGCUAAGCGGAACGAUGCGGGCAAGGGACUUGCCGCUGAACGGCUGCCCAGUGACAGUUUGAUAGCGUUGGCAGUGCUGCUGGGUUGGAUAUGUUUGUCAUGGUAG